CCUCCCUUUGUUCUUUACUUCUCUCUUCUCUGAUUCUCCACACACAACUCUAAAGAAAAAUAAAAAGAAACCACCGAGUAGUAAAGGGAAUUAUCGUCUGCAAUUCCUUAGCAGACCAACAAAAACAAAGAACAAAUACCAUUUCAGCAAUGGCCACAAUCUCCAUUUCCGUGUACUUCUUCCCAGUUCUAAUCUUUUUCCACUUUAAAGUAUUGGCCUUAGAACAUAGUUCCUCCUUUUCCUUCAAAAGUUUUGGUAAAGAUCCAAAAUUUGAGUCUAAUAUUGCUUUUUAUGGGGAUGCACAUGUUACUAAUGAUGGCUCUGUGAUUCAACUCACUAACUCGGUGAAAUGGAGUGCUGGGAGAGUCAUGUAUAAGAAACCCAUCAAGCUUGUUGAAGGUAAAGUCAGGAACUUUGCUUCUUUUUCAACCUACUUUUGUUUCUCAAUGUCCCAUGACAAGGGUGAUGGCUUGGCUUUUGUUAUGGUUCCUAGUACUUUUGAUGGAUCAGGAAAUAGUUCGUUUGGGAUUACUUUUGGGUUGGAGGAAAGUAAAAGGGGUGUUGUUGGGAUUUCUUCUAAUGAAAACCAUGUAGGAAUUGAUGUGGGUAGUCUUGUAUCAGGUAAAGUUAGGAAUUUAUCAUCACUAAGCUUGGUAUUGAACAAUGUACAAAAAUUGCAUUCUUGGAUUGAUUAUGAGGCAACUUCAAAGAGACUAGAGAUUAGGUUGAGUCAAUCUCGUACCAGGCCUAAUGAUCCGUUGCUUUCGCACUCGAUUGACUUGUCAAAACUGUGGAACUAUGAGGAAGUGUUUAUGGGCUUAAGCUCUUCAAAUGGGAAUUCUUCACAAACAAGCUUUAUCCACUUGUGGAGCUUUAAGCUAAGGCAGGUUCCGAAUUGGAUGCAUUCUCAACCACUUGAUCCCGAGGCUAUUUCAAAUAACCCCAAGCCUUUAACAACUGCACACAAGAGUAGCGAUUGUUUUCGGAAAGUGCUUGCAAUGUUCAUCUUAGGUUGUGCAUGUGGUGUCUUCACAGCUUCUUGCCUGCUAUAUCUUCGGACCACCCUUGGUGGUCAGUGUCCAGUAGCGCCCGAAGAGUGUAGCGUGCACACCGUGGUUUCUGAGUACAAGAAAGUCGAAUUAGCGGUAGAAAAAAGUUGUUAAAGAUGACAAGAAAUAGAUGUUUUAUGUUUGUAAAUUAAUCGUCUUCUUUUGUUCAAGAUUCAUGUGUGCUUCGU